AAAUAUGUCUUCGAAACGAAAGUCCCCUCCGACGAAAUUACACGAAGGCACACCGACCACGACCAGCUCGACAACCUCUUUCUGCCUUCCAACGGACCCCAGCGCCCUCAACAACCCUCCGACCUCAGCGGGUAGUGGCAGCGAAGGGGGCGGCCUUGAAACCGACCUCGACGAGACCAGUAGCAACAUCAGCGACGUGGACACUCCCCACCACCCCCCGCAACCCUUUUACAAGCUCUCCGGGUCUUCGUCCGCGGGAAGUGUCUCCGGGUCUGAGCCGGAAGAUAUUGAGGAGGAGCGGACUCCUCCCAACAAGACUGCUAGGAUGAUGUGCUCUACGGAACCCAACAUCCUCAUGUCGACGAGUAUCCAAGCGUUGUCGUUACACGCAGAUCAUCCUGAAAGACGGAGAAACUCUUCGGAGUGCAGUAGUCCUAGUUCGGAAGGGAAGAUGCAUUUGUACCAUAAUAACAACAAUAGUUUAUUGAAUAAUAAUUCGCACCCGUUGAAAAGGUCUAUGGACGAUGUGUUGAAAAGGUUGACCUCGAAAAUUAAUAAUAGUACAAUUAAGGAAGAGAAAAGGCCGACACCAAGUGAUGUGGAGCCAGCGGCAGCAAUACACCAAGCACUGAUAGGUGAUAAUCUCAUGGAGAAGGAUAGGAAACUUUCGGAGCUUAUCUUUCAAUUGCAGAUGGUCCGAGAGCAGCUUCUCACGCAACAACAGCAACAGGAAGCUACCAAGGUAAGAUUUGAGAUGCUUUAUUUACUUUCUUCGACCUAUUUAAAUACAUUUACAAUUUCUGAUGUAAAUGUGAACCUUUAUAGGAAAAUUGCCUUGCAGUGUUGCAUUGAGCAUUCUCUUUCGUGUUACUCAAAUCAAUAUUCUUGA